CACAAAUGUCACGUGAUGUCGUUGGGCUUGAUGCAAUUAUUUUGGCGUGGAUUCUCAGCUUAAAGCGGGGGUAAACAGGCCAAUCCGAUCCUAAUACGGGCACUUAAGAGCUAAAAGCUCAUGCCCAGAUUUGGCAAAAGCGCAUCGUACUUCUGGCCUAUCUGCCGGGGUCCUGCACUACUCGCUCGAUAUGUGUGUGACCCUAUAAGUACAUGGGAGCACUUCGAAACUUGGCUCGUACCAUGGCUCAAAUCGCAACUGUACGCGUAGGCUCCAAAGAAAUCAAGGUCCCCACCGGCCUCUUCAUCAACAAUGAGUUUGUGCCGUCCGUGGACUCGAAUGAGCGGAUCGAGAGCGUCAAUCCAUUCACUGAGGAAGUGCUGUGUUCUGUCGUCGCCGCCUCGCCCAAGGACAUCGACAUCGCGGUAGCUGCGGCCCGAAAAGCAUUCAACACGACGUGGGGCAAGAACGUCACUGGCUUUGAGCGCUCGCGCCUCAUCAACAAGCUUGCCGAUCUGAUCGAGCAGAAUGCACAGGAACUUGCGGAGCUCGAGGCCUUGGAUAACGGCAAGCCUAUCAGGAUCGCUCGGGACUACGACAUCGGGGAUUCGGUCCAGUGCCUCCGGUACUACGCUGGCUGGGCCGACAAGAUCAUGGGUCAAUCCCUUGAAGUUGAUAACAGAACCAAAUUUGCAUUCACCAGACAUGAACCUAUCGGAGUCUGCGGACAGAUCAUCCCAUGGAACUAUCCCAUCAACAUGUGGUCGUGGAAAGUCGCGCCGGCGCUCGCGACGGGGUGCACCAUCGUCAUGAAGCCCUCGGAGCUUACUCCACUGACUGCGCUGAAACUAUCUGAAUUGGUGAAGGAAGCGGGUUUCCCGCCGGGCGUUCUGAACACCGUCCCCUCGCUGGGAACCGUAGGUGGCGCGGCGCUCUCCGCGCACAUGGAUGUCGAUAAGGUGGCCUUCACGGGCUCGACCAUCACGGGACGCAAGAUCAUGGAGUCUGCAGCCAAGAGCAAUCUCAAGAAGGUCUCGCUGGAGCUCGGUGGAAAGAGCCCGCACAUCGUGUUUGAGUCAUGCGACCUCGAGCAGGCCGCGCGAUGGGCCGCCCUGGGAAUCUGCUACAACUCCGGCCAGGAUUGCACCGCUGGCUCCCGCGUCUAUGUCCAAGACAGUAUCCAUGACAAAUUUGUGGCCCAGCUAGUUUCUACUGUCAAGGAGCUCAAUUUUGGCGAUGGAACCCAAGAUGGAAGCACAGCGGGUCCAGUGGUUUCCAAAGGACAGUUCGAUCGGAUCUGGAACUACAUUGAAUCGGGGAAGCAGGAAGGCGCCAAAGUCGCCUUGGGCGGCACGAAGCGAACGGGCAAAGGCUUCUUCGUUGAUCCUACGAUUUUCACCGACGUCCAGCCGAACAUGAAGAUUGUGAAGGAGGAAAUCUUCGGCCCGGUUCUCUCUAUCGGUCGGUUCGAGACGGAGGAGGAGGCCAUCAAACUUGCCAACGACACUUCCUAUGGCCUGGGGGCUGGUUUGCACUCCAACGAUGCCAAUCAGUGCAUGCGCGUUGCGUCUGCCCUCGAGGCCGGAACGGUUUGGGUCAACCAAUACAAUCUUCUGAGCAACAACGUACCUUUCGGCGGCAAGAAGCAAUCGGGCAUUGGCCGCGAGUUGGGAAGCUAUGCACUCGAAGAGUAUACCUCUGUCAAGGCGGUGCACUGGAAUUUCGGAGAGAAGUUGGACUGGCCUUUCUAAGCAAAGCUGUUGUAAAUACAUGCUGUUGGAUACAAUCAGAUAUUUUCUUGAAACAUGACCGUCGGCGCACAACUUGUGCGAUAUCUCCGUGUUCUGAA